CUCAACACUCCCUUCCCAUUGUCAGUCACACUGCCUCUCUGCAUGAAAUACUAAAACAAGCGUGUGGAUUUACUGGCAAUGGAAGGAACUGAGUCAACAACUAGAGAGAGAACAACAACAGGAAAUGUUGGGAAUCAGGCAGCAGUCAACAUGGAGCUGAUGUCUGGCAAGCCUUUGCAUCGCUUUGUCCGAAACGAGCCCAGAAGUCUUGGGAUUGUCAUGUUGGUCUUUGGCUGUGCAGAGCUCCUGAUGGGAUUUCCCCUGGCCAAACAAGGUGCGCGCACAUCUUGGACAAUCUACAUUCCCCUCUGGCAGGGAGCUCUGUUUCUUGUCUGUGGGAACCUGUCUAUCUACACUGGGAUACAUCCAUCCAAGAAGAUGGUGACCGUGUCUUUGGCCAUGUAUGUGGUUACACUUUUGGGAGUCUUCGUCUCUAUUGGCUACAGGAUAUCCACCUUGAUCGAAUAUUCUUUCAUUUACUACUACAGGGGCUGGUAUAGUGAUGAAAGUACAGUAAACAGAAUGGGACAGCUUACUGGUAUUGAGAGCAUAUUGCUCACUUCCUCUGUGUGUGUGUUGGCGCUUCUCAUCUUCUUGAGUACCAUCGCACGUUUAGCUCUGAAAUCCACACACUCUCAGGUUAUUUUCCAGCACAUCCCGACACCCCGGAGUGACAAAACGUGAAACUAAUCUCAACCUUUUGAAGUAUUAUUCUACAUGAACUAACACUGUUUUCCUGCAGCACACCUGUCCUGUGAAAGAAG